UGGGAAAAUCGGCCCUUGGCAACCAACAACAAUCUGGUCGCGUGUUUCUUUGCACAGCUCUCCCAAACUUUAACGAGACUUUAGCUAUGCCUCCUAAAAAAAGCGGAAAGAAAAAUACAGAGAAGUCCAGCAAGAAAGACGGAGAAAAGAGGGAGAAGAGUGAGUCUGAAGAAGCGCUGUCCGAGGGGAAUAAAGAAUUCUACCGCGCUCAGAUACGAGACUUGGAGGAGCGAAUAGAAAAAUAUCAGCAUAAAUGUGAUGAACUGGAGGUCAGACAGAAAGAUUUCUCCACUCACUACAACAAUGUUGAGAGGGAGAAGAAGGACAUAGUUCUCUAUCUGAAGCGCUCCUUGGCUCAUAAAGAGGAUGAACUCAGUGAUCUGGCAGAGAAGCUGCAGGCAUUACAGAUAGCAAAAGAUGCAGAAAAGGAGUCGUUCACCAUGCAGCUGAGGACGCUGCGCCAUGAGUUUCAGGAGAGCAAGGACAGGCUCACCACAGAGAACAUGGCCCUAGCGGGGAAGCUUGCAUCUCUCGAGGAGUUCCGCAUGCAGAAGGAUGAGCUCAUGGCCUUGCUGGCGUCUCUGAAAGAACAGCUGGAGCAGCAGAAGCAGGAGCACCAGACAGUCAUCUACAACCUAGAGAGAAAAGCUGUGCUGGACAAUGACAGGCUGAAGAAAGAGAUGCAGCAGCAUGUGGCUGCUGUUGCUGCUGAAUUCCGCAGAGUCUCGGACAGCAGGAUGCCGGAAACGACCAUGAGAGCCAUCCAAGAGAACGUGUCGGUGACUGCUCAACUCAGGCAGCUCUCAGAUAGGAGCAAAGAGUUACUAAAGGAGAACGAUUAUCUAAAAGCCAGAGAAAAAGAGCUCAAGAGGGAAACGGAGAUUAUGGAGCCGAUUCUGAACGAGAUGACAAAGAAGAGUCUUGGAAAUCAGAAGGUGGUGAAACAGCUGACAGAAAAGUGCAAGCAGAUGCAUGUUGAGCUUGAGAACUUCACUAGGCAUAAACAAGAACACCAACAGCUGCAGGACGACCACGAUGCACUACAGAAAGAACAUGAUGACCUCAGACAGAAACAUGAAUCAGUUCUGGAGAAAUUCAGCCGAAAACAGGCAGAGGCAGAAGGACUGCAGAAGGAGCUUCAAGCGGAGAAGAUCCAGCAAGAACGGCUUGAGAUGGUUCUACAGGAGGCAGCUUCAGCUUUAAAAGAAGCUCUGAGGGAGGUGCCUAAGGAAGAGGACUCAGAAGUGCAAGUUUAUGUCAGGAAAAGUCAGAUGAUGCAGAAGCUGCUGGCCGUGCUGGACAGUGCUGCAGCCACUGGAAAAGAACCUGCCCUCAGUCAAGGGGGCCAGACAUGGCCAGACAUGGAGCCAGACAUUGGGCAUGUCAUUGGGCCAGACAUGGAGAGGAGACCAGGUCUGCGGACAUCACAGCAGAAGGCUACCUCAUGCCUCACUCACUUCGGGGCAGAAGAUUCAGGGCUGAUUACACGAAUAAAUCCCAGCUCUGUCCUGUCCAAGAUAGGACCCCUCUCUAAAAGCACACAACUCCACCUGCAAAGGAAACUGCAAAGCCAGAAAAGAACAAAGUCCUCCAGACUUCUCCCUGAGGAGGAAACACAGACCCUAAAGCCUGGAAACUUUUGAGUUGUGUAUCAAACUGAGCAUUCUGUGUAGUCUGAUUUAUUCUAACUGUUUGAAAAGGUGCUGACCUAUUUCUUUUGACAAAUUUCCCUCUCUCUGGGUGUGCAUAAUUUCAUUUAGCUCCUUCUGAUAGUAGGCCAUGCUUUUGAUCUUUGGCCACUAGAUGGCAGGAUGGCAUUUUUUAUAGAGCAUUCUCUGCUCUUCCAAAUCUGCUGAUUAACUUGGCAUUAGGAUGACAGAUGUCAGUGGCAUUUCAGUGCAAUAACAAGUGUGGGCAUGUCAGAGUAAAGAUCAUACAUGGAUAAAUCCAAUAUUUAAUAGAAAAAGAAGAAGAAGCUCUAACUAACUAUCUGUUUGACCACUUUUUGUACUACCAUUGUCUAUUACUCUAUACAACACUGCAUGAAUAUACUGAAUACGGAAACACUCUCUUACAGUGUGAUGUGCCAUUUCCUGAUGGAGGGAUUACACUUAGGGAGAAAAGAGCAUUACAUGUUUGUUUUUUUUAUCUCGCAUGGCCAUACUGUAUGGUGCCCCUCGGUCUAUGUAAAUCCUUACCAUUAUCUGUUUGCCAAGUGAUGAUUACUGCAGCUGUGUCUACCCCCUCCAAACAUCUCGGAAUAUAAAUGAAGGAUGAUAGUAUUCCAAGAAAAUCAUGAUUUGUAUGGUUUAAGUGAUUAAAAAUGAAGUUAUGUGACACAUUUUACAUGUACAACACUCUGUAAAGACUUCAUCAUCAGUCCAUUUGUGGUCCUGACUCCUGCCCACCUCGACCUUGUCUCAAACCAAAAUCAAUUCUUUCUGGAUGUCCGACUCACUGGGAAAAAGUCAUCAAAAAUGCAUGAGCACGGCUAUAUUUGGUAGGCCAUUAGAUUUCCCUUUUCAUCAGCUUUUGCAGGAAACUGUCACAGGCCAGCUCUUGACAAGAAGAUUCGCUAGCUGUAUAAUUUUGUUUUAUAUCAAAUUGCAGGCUUCAUAUAAAGGGAAAAUGUCAUAUCUUAAUAAAUAAGUGAAGACGUC